AUGUUACCUUUAUAUAAUAUUCAUCCAAAGUCUGUGUCAGUUCCGACUGCUCAGAUCUUAUAUUCAUCGAAUAUGGCCAAUGGAUAUACAACAAGAGCAAUGUCUAAUAAAUAUUAUUCACAUAUGUAUAGUCAAUGUCGGAAUAUUAAACGAGAUCAAUCUCAUUAUUGUCAUGUACCUUUUGAUUGGUAUCAACCACCGAAACAAGGAUAUAGUAUUAUUCAUGAAGACGUAGCAGUAGUUACAUCCAAUGGACCUGUACCUUUGCACGAGUUUAAUCGUUACUAUAUUCAUUGUAAAAAUAUAAAAGUUUGUAAUGAUAAUGAUGAUUCAACUUCGUUCGAGUCAGAAGAAUAUGAUGAUAUGCAAGAAUCUUCAUAUGAACAAAGAAGUAUUGAAAGUCAAAGUUACACACGAACAGAAUCCGAAUCUGAUGAUGAUGAAGAAAAUACAAGCUCAUCAUUGAAUCAAUAA